CGCACCGAAACCGGAAGUUGUUGGUACAUUUGUGGGGGUGAAACUAGCCAAACCCAAUGAAUGGAUGUUGUGAUGCACUGAGGUGCCCUCGCUCACGUCGGUCCGAGAUGGCAUGAGGAGCUGAGCCCGUGGUUCGACCCUCUCGUCCCGGUCUCCCACCAAUUGCCCGCCGCCGCUGGUCACCAUGGCAACAAGGAUGAAGCUGAAGCUGAAGACCGUGUUCGUGCUCUACUUCAUGGUCUCCCUCCUGGGCCUCGUCUAUGCACUGAUGCAGCUGGGUCAACGCUGCGACUGCACAGAGCACGACCUGCCCAAGGACCGCACCAUAUCUCGGCUGCGGGGGGAGCUGCACCGUCUUCAGGAGCAGAUGAGGAAGUCGGAGGCAACCAAACAACCUCAGAAACAUGCAGUCAAGCCCUCUCCGCCCACCAUCUUUGUCAUCACUCCAACAUACUCGAGGCUGGUGCAAAAGGCCGAGCUGACGCGUAUGUCCCAGACAUUCCUCCAUGUUCCCCAGCUCCACUGGAUUGUGGUGGAAGACUCGCCUCAUAAGACGCCACUGGUGUCUGACCUCCUGGUGAAGAGCGGCCUGGCCUACACACACUUGCACAUGCCCACUGCCAAAGACCGCAAACUCCAGGAGGGCGAUCCCAGCUGGCUGAAGCCCCGCGGAGUUGAGCAGAGGAACGAGGGUCUACGGUGGCUCAGGGAGGACAGAAGGGCUCAGCCCGGUGGAGAAAGCCAGCAGGGAGUGGUUUACUUCGCUGAUGAUGACAACACGUACAGCCUGCAAAUAUUUGAAGAGAUGAGGAGCACCCAGCGAGUUUCUGUGUGGCCAGUGGGGCUGGUUGGAGGGAUGAAAUACGAGAGGCCAGUGGUUGAAGGAGGAAAGGUGGUCCGCUUCCAUACCGGCUGGCGUCCCAGUCGCCCCUUCCCCAUGGACAUGGCUGGUUUCGCUGUGUCCCUCAAAGUGGUCCUGGCCAAUCCAGAGGCUUGUUUUGAUGGAGAGGCACCAAUGGGCUUCCUGGAAAGCAGCUUUCUUCAGGGAUUGGUUACCAUGGACGAGUUGGAGCCCAAAGCGGACAACUGCUCCAAAGUGCUGGUAUGGCACACACGGACAGAGAAACCGAAGAUGAAGAGAGAGGAGGCUCUGCAGGCUCAGGGACUGGGAUCAGACCCUGCUGUGGAGGUCUGAAGAACACAAUCACUCACACACACACACACACGCACACACACACACACACACACACACACACACACACACACACACACAGUGUAAAUUCUAUUCUGCUGUUAAAUGCUGCAUAUUUAACUCUGCCUUGUAAAUACUGUAAAACAGAAAAACGUCUGUUUGAGAUGACAUUUAAAUUGAUCAAAUUUAUCUGGUUAUGAAUGUUUGUUUUGUUGUGUCAGGUAGUAAAUGUGUGCAUGUUUGUAUAUAUUGAUUAAGAGUGUGUGUAGUUGUAACUGUUCUGACUUUAUGUAAGUGUACGUAUCAGGGUUUUCCUUUGUUUUAAUAGACGUCUCUUUAUUUAGCAGUUCAGACAAUUAGUUCCAACAGUUGCCUCAUGGGGGCGCCAGUCUAAAAUUUUGCAAAUCCAUGCGGUAGCACCACCAGUACAUUACUGCUUAAAGCUAGAGGAACAAUCUUAUUAUUUAUUACAGACUUGCACACUUUGUAUAAUUUGUAAGAUUUUACAUGUUGUGAUCAAUGCACAUCCUGGAUUGUGUAACCAAUUCCUGGCAGCUGUAUUUUUAUGGCGGAGUCAUGUUCCCUCUGUUAGUUGUUUCUGGUCUGUACUCGGCCUCAUCAGUUCAAACACCACCCUCUUGACUGAUUUUCUGACCGAGACACAGUUGACAUGGAGCAUUUCUUCAAGCAUGUUCUCUGUUGUUGUUGUGAGAUUAGUAUCCUUAAGUCCAUAUUGAGGCAUAUAGAUGCUUUUAGUAGUCACAUGUCAAAAAACAACAUCACCAUCAGAGGCAUGAUCAUAAGUUUUGUGAGGCAGAGAUAUUACUGAGGUUCCUUUUUUUUUUAACCAUAAAACAAUAUUCAUGACAUAUGCAGCAGCCAAGCAAACAAAAUGGGAGCCAAUCCUAGUAUCUUGUUGUUGCCUUGUCUUUAUUAUGCUCACGUACACUAUUUUACAAACACAGCACCAUGCUGCAACACAGAUAUAAUAACAAAUACGGCGAUGCAAUGGUCCCACACCCAGUGCUCAGAGCGUAUAGUGUCACAACACAACCACCAGUCCGAACAAGUACUUCUAUGCAUAUGCUUUUAGUGAUGCUAUUGAGAAACACACACCUACACUUACGAGAACAGCACCACUGACGCUUUUAUAGAUUCUUUAUCCACUAACAGAAUACGAAACACGCCGUCCAUGUUAUAGUUCCACAGAGAAAAAGACUUGAAUUCCCCUUAAAUAGACAAUGGGGGGGAAAUCCCAGGGACUUUACACUAGCUGUAUGUCAGAGUUAUAUGAAUAUAUAUAAAAAUAAGCUUUAAAUAGGAAUUAAACUUCUAUGUGUUCGCCUGAUUAUCUUUCAUGACAUCCUCAGAAAUCAAAGAAUAGCAAGUAACAUAAAUUCAAAAACAGCUCACUCCUCACCUUCUCUUUUAUGAUACUGUAAAUAACAACUAGUGGCCUGCUUCUGUAUAAUUAAUGCCUGUGAGUCGGUUCGCUGCUGGUGUAUAAUGUAUUUAUUACUGUAAUAUUCCUUACAUUGUAUAAUGUGAUCAUGUCUAUCCCCGGUCAUGAAAAUAAACCUGGUUAUUGUGAAACA